CCAGGGAGCACCCAGAGCAUAUAAAAGAUGAGAACAAGGAAAAAGACACGCAUCUCCUGGGACAAGGGCGGCUUGGUGGACCACAAACUGCCUGGAGGGACCCAACGCUGAGCUGGCAAUGGCCUCUCACCAUGUAAUCACGGUCCAGCCCCAGUUUUCAGCUGCCCCGCGGGCAGGAGAGUGGCAGUCGGGUCUGAUGGAUUGCUGCUCUGACUUCAGUGUGUGUAUUUGCGGAGCCUUCUGCUUCAGCUGCCUGGGGUGCCAAGUUGCCGCAGACAUGGAUGAGUGCUGCCUGUGUGGCUCCAGCGUGGCCAUGAGGACACUUUACCGCACCAGAUACAACAUCCCAGGCUCCAUUCUGGGUGACUGUGCCUCCACCAUGUUCUGCCCCAUGUGCACGCUCUGCCAGCUGAAGAGAGACAUCAACCGGAGGAAGGAGCUGGGCAUAUUCUGAUGCCACCAUCCUCACUGCACCCUGCAGAGCUGCUGCAGGCAGGAGUCUUCACUGCCCCAGCCCUUGGGAAACACACCGCAGGGGGUUUGCCUUGAUCGUGGUUGAUUUCCCCCUUCCCUGGAUAAC